AAACCAAAACUCCAAAAAAAUAAUAAAAAAAUCGACUUUAACAUUUACCUGAGCGCGAGAGGUCCUUGAUUCCAGGGGGACACGAGCUCUCUUAAAUAAACCAAUUAUAAAACACCAAUCUCCUAUCUGAUCGGGAUCGAAACUGUGGAACAGGAGAUGGAUGAUCGAAGCGACGACCAUGAUAUAGAGGUGGAAGGAGGCAUCCACGCGUACGAAAGGAAGAUAUCUGGGAUUCUAGAUGAUGGAUCUGUCGGAUUCCAACAGCCUCUGCUCGCGAGGAACCGAAAGAACACGACUUCCCAGAUCGCAAUUGUCGGAGCCAAUACUUGUCCCAUCGAAAGCCUUGAUUACGAGAUCUUUGAGAAUGAUCUUUUCAAGCAGGACUGGAGGUCUAGGAAGAAGAUUGAGAUACUUCAGUACACUAUUCUCAAAUGGGCGCUUGCUUUCCUUAUCGGUUUAGCCACUGGCCUCGUCGGCUUUUUGAAUAACCUUGCUGUUGAGAACAUAGCUGGAUUCAAACUCUUGCUCACCGGUAACCUCAUGCUCAAGGAAAAAUACUUUCAGGCCUUCUUUGCAUUCGCUGGUUGUAACUUGAUCUUGGCGACUGCUGCUGGUUCUCUCUGUGCUUUCAUUGCUCCGGCAGCAGCAGGAUCUGGCAUACCUGAGGUUAAAGCUUAUCUCAAUGGUAUAGAUGCUUAUUCAAUACUAGCUCCGAGCACCCUCUUCGUUAAGAUCUUUGGGUCAAUAUUUGGAGUUGCUGCCGGAUUCGUAGUUGGAAAAGAAGGGCCUAUGGUGCACACUGGUGCUUGCAUUGCUAAUUUACUUGGGCAAGGUGGUUCCAGAAAGUAUAAAUUGACAUGGAAGUGGCUCAGGUUCUUCAAAAACGAUAGAGACAGAAGAGACCUGAUCACUUGCGGCGCUGCUGCUGGUGUGGCGGCUGCCUUCCGUGCUCCAGUCGGUGGUGUGCUUUUCGCCCUUGAAGAAGCUGCUUCUUGGUGGAGGAGUGCCCUUCUUUGGAGGACCUUCUUCACUACCGCAGUUGUAGCAGUAGUGUUACGAACUUUGAUUGAGCUCUGCCGAUCUGGCAAAUGUGGACUGUUCGGUAAAGGAGGUCUUAUCAUGUUUGACGUAAACUCUGGACCAGUUCUUUACAGCACACCAGAUCUUCUAGCGGUUGUCUUCCUUGGAGUUGUUGGUGGUGUGCUUGGAGGCCUUUACAACUACCUUGUCGACAUUGUCCUCCGCACAUAUGCCUUAAUCAACGAGAGAGGUCCGGGAUUUAAAGUGAUGCUUGUGAUGGCGGUUUCAAUUCUGAGCUCGUGCUGUGCAUUUGGUCUUCCAUGGAUUUCACAGUGUACCCCUUGUCCUAUUGGAUCAGAGGGAAAGUGCCCAAGCGUGGGUCGAUCCGGGAUCUACAAGAGUUUCCAGUGUCCUCCAAACCAUUACAAUGACCUUUCCUCACUCCUUCUCAACACCAAUGACGAUGCAAUCCGCAGUCUUUUCACGUCAAGGUCUGAGAAUGAGUUCCAAAUCUCCACCCUCGCCAUGUUCUUUGUGUUUGUCUACUGCCUUGGCAUCAUAACAUAUGGCAUAGCUAUACCCUCUGGGCUUUUCAUUCCCGUCAUUCUCGCUGGAGCUUCUUAUGGACGGCUGGUGGGUAGACUUCUGGGACCAGUAUCUCAGCUUGAUGUAGGUCUGUUUUCUCUGCUUGGAGCUGCUUCCUUCCUUGGAGGCACGAUGAGAAUGACGGUCUCUCUAUGUGUUAUUCUUCUCGAACUUACAAACAAUCUCCUAAUGCUGCCGUUGGUGAUGCUUGUACUCUUGAUCUCUAAAACCGUUGCCGAUUGUUUCAACAAAGGGGUCUAUGACCAGAUUGUGACUAUGAAAGGACUGCCUUACAUGGAAGACCAUGCAGAGCCCUACAUGCGCAAUUUGGUGGCAAAGGACGUUGUCGCUGGACCUUUGUUGUCCUUUUCACGAGUUGAGAAGGUUGGGGUGAUAUGGCAGGCUUUAAAGAUGACGAGUCAUAACGGCUUCCCUGUGAUUGAUGAGCCGCCUUUCACCGAAGCCUCUGAGCUGUGUGGGAUCGCCUUGAGAUCUCAUCUCCUUGUGCUUCUCCAAGGAAAGAGAUUCUCCAAGCAGAAAACGACAUUUGGUUCUCAGAUUCUUAGAAGUUGCAAGGCCCGUGACUUUGCGAAAGCAGGGUUGGGGAAAGGGCUCAAGAUUGAUGAUUUGGUUAUAAGUGAUGAGGAGAUGGAGAUGUAUGUUGAUCUCCAUCCCAUCACUAACACUUCUCCUUACACUGUGCUUGAGACUUUGUCUCUAGCUAAAGCCGCUAUUCUUUUCCGGCAACUUGGCCUUCGCCACUUGUGUGUGGUUCCCAAAACACCAGGGAGACCGCCUAUUGUUGGGAUACUUACAAGGCAUGAUUUCAUGCCGGAACAUGUCCUGGGGCUCUACCCUCACAUUGAUCCUCUCAAGUGAAAAUAUGGUGAUAAGGAAUGAAGAGAAAAUUUUUCUUAGAGUUCUCCCCCUUUUAUACUCGUUGUGAUGAAUAUGUGCAUAUCAAAUUUAAAACCCCAGAUGAGCAUUUGAUUUGCUCUUAUGCCCACAUUUAUAUAACCAUUUGUUUCAAUUAUUUUUGUUGAGAAGAAUAUUGGGAAUAUUGUGCAAUGUAGUGAAUUGUGGGUAAUAAAAGUAUGGUUUGUUUUCAA